AUGCUAGACGAUAUAACAGACAUCAUGAUGGUGCAGACUGUUUGUGGUCAUGACGCUCUAGAGGCCAACCGUCGAUUCCCAUGCCGCACCUUUUUCGGUUUCCCUACUGAUUACCCCAAGUACCUGCUUAUUGCCAGUAACAGGUGUUUGAGCAAUAUGAUAGUCUCCUCGAGUGACAUGGAGCAGUUGUAUGAGGACAUGACACGUAUAAUAGAGGCUCGUCACGCGAUGAUGGUUGUAGUAUACGGUAAGGCUGAUAUGAUAGCUCGGACAGCCCAUACCGAUGUGGUUACCGCUGUUAAAGUACUAGAGGAUGGUCAUAGGAUGCUCAGUAGAAGCUUGGAUGGUACGAUGAAGAUGUGGGACUGUCGUAAGCUUAGGGCUGCAACCCCAGUACGGACCUGGGACAACUUACCUUGUACUGACGAGCACACUGACAUCACCAUAUCGCCGGACGAGUCUAUGGCCCUCACUGGUACUGGUGAUGGAAGAGUAGUGGUAUACGACUUGCAAUCAGAGGCUGUAGAGCCGCUAAAGAGCUAUACCUUCCGAACACAGAGCGCUGUGAGGACCUUCUGGCAUCCAGUGCUUCAACAGAUCGUAGUGGCUUGCAGUGAUGGUAAUGCAUACUUCCUAUAUGAUCGAUAUCAAUCAGUAAAUGGUGCCUUGCUUUUCGCCCAGCAUAGUGUACCAAAAAAGAAGGAUAUCGAAGAACAGUAUAUGCCACAGAAAGUAUAUAACUAUGAUGAGAUGGUCCAAAGGGGAGGUCAAUUCCGAGAGACCCGUAGUGGUAAGCUACGUCGGACUAGGGAUGCCGAUAAACGACGAGAUAAGCAGCGUAGAGAGAGAAUGGGUAUACCUGAUCCAGAUGAGCAGCAUAAGAUCAAACCGGCCGCACCUCCACCAGAAAGUACGGCAGAGGAGACGAUCUUCUCUAAUAAGCUGGGUAUCGAAAAGGAGAAGUAUAUUGAUGAAGACCCUCAGAAGACACUCCUCGCUGUUGAAACUAAGAAGGGUGAUUCCUUCGUCAAUCAAGCCUAUGCGAGAACCCAACCUCAGAAUAUACUGGAUUACUCUGAUGUCAAGAGUGCAGGUGAUCGAUUGUUGAGUAAGAAGCGUUAUUGCCCGAAGUGCGGUGUGAAGAUGUGCACUUGUGGUUACUUGACUGCUCUAGAAAAGGAAGAGGCAAGGAAGAAACGUCGAACUGAAGUAGCAUAA